AUUCUGAGACUGAUACAGAGAUUGAUCCAGACUCCAUUAAAUCUAUUUACAGUGAAGAACUGAGAGUUAUUUGUGGCAGCAUUAAAGAACAGAUCAUCAUAAACGAAAACUUCAGUAACUAUUCUUCUUGGCAUAAUUGUAGUGUAAUUCUGUCUCAUUUACUGGAGAAAAGGGCUCAAGGAUUUUUCUCAAAGGAGAAAGUUCUGACAGAGGAGUAUGACCUUGUACAUCAAGCUCUUUUUACCGACCCAGAUGAUCAAAGUGGAUGACAUUGGACCCACCACAUUCUCAAUACUACAAGGAUGAAUAUAGCUUAGUCGUGUUAAAGCAGAUUCUCAUAUUUUUUGUGCUUCUGCGGCUGACCUCCAGUCCGGAAUCUUUGCUGAGGCAUUGCUGUCAUUACUGGGACUCGGCAUCAUCAGGCACCAAUAAUUAUAUCUGUUUACGACUCAGUAAUCUUUCAUUGUCACAUGUUGGGUCUAUUGAGAAAUUACUGUGGGUCCAAAUGUUAGACCUCAGCCACAACCAACUUAUCUCAAUUGAAGGAUUGCAGGCUAUGCAGCUUCUUCCUUGCUUGAACCUCAGAAACAACAAAAUGGGUAGUUUUUCUACCCUGGAGCCUUUAAAACUAGUAAAGUCAUUGAAAGUGUUGGAUAUCUCAUACAACGAAAUCAGUGCACACGCUGUCGACACAAGAAGUACGCAAAGUGAAAGAAUGGAGGUUGAUUCAAAUGUUGGUGAGAAUCCUUUAAUACAUGAGGGCGAAGACGUUGAAGAACCUAAAAAGGGUAUGGGUUUUAGCUCAAGGGAAGAGGUGUACACAUAUUAUGGCAAAUAUGCUAAGCAUGUUGGAUUUUCUAUAGCUCAUAGAGUGCAACAUUUUGGAGAUGAUGGGCAAUUGCUAAACUUUGCAAUUGAAUGUUCUCGAGCGGGGCAGAGAAAAAAGAAAUCAGAAGUCAACCCUUUGAAGCCAUGUUUGUCCACAAAGAUUGGUUGCACAGCAAGGGUACGAGGUAGUGUACAAAAGGAUGGGAGAUAUAAACUAACCACAGUUAACCUUGAGCAUAAUCAUGAUUUGAUUCCCACCGACUCACGUCAUUUUGCAAUGAAUAAGAAAAUUCUUACUCCUGUGAAGAGAAGAUUAGAAAUUAAUGAUCAAGCAGGGAUUGGGGUGUCUAGGAACUUUCAUUCAAUGGUUGUUGAAGCAGGGGGAUACGAGUCAUUGACAUUUGACGAGCGAGAUGCAAGAAAUUACAUUGAGAGCUAGAAGGUUGAGGCUUGGGGAAGGUGAUGCCGAAUCACUUCAAAGUUAUUUUAUGAGAAUGCAAGCACAUAGUGAGAGAUUCUUUUAUGUGAUUGAUGUUGAUGAGGAGUUUCGCAUUAGAAACUUAUUUUGGGCUGAUGCAAAGAGUCGGACGACUUAUGAAGAUGUCGUUUCAUUUGGCACAACUUAUUUGAUGAACAAAUAUGACACGCCAUUUGCUCCAUUUGUCGGAGUUAAUCACCAUGGACAGUCUAUUUUGCUUGGUUAUGGAUUGUUGUCUAGUGAAGACACUAACACAUUUGUUUGGCUAUUCAAGUCAUGGUUAAGUUGUAUGUCAAAUCAUCCGCCAAAAGCUAUCAUAACUGAUCAGUGUAGAGCUAUGCAAAAUACUAUAGAAAUUGUGUUUCCACAAGCUCGACAUCGGUGGUGCUUAUGGCAUAUCAUGAAGAAAAUUUCGAAGAAGUUGAAAGGAUAUGCUUAGUAUGAAGCCAUAAAGUUGGCUAUGCAAAAUGCAGUUUAUGACUGUUUGACAAGAACUGAAUUUGAGAGUAAAUGUGAAGAGAUGCUUGCAACAUUUAAUCUUUAUGAUAAUGAGUGGUUGGGGGUACUAUAUGAUAAGCGGCAUCGAUGGGUACCUGUCUAUGUUAAAGAUAUUUUUUGGGCUGGCAUGUCAAGUACACAACGAAGUGAAAGUGUGAAUGCGUUUUUUGAUGGAUAUGUAAAUCCAAAAAUUACACUGAAGCAAUUCGUUGAACAAUAUGACAAUGCCUUGAGAAAUAAGCUAGAGAAAGAGAAGAAAGCAGGCUUCAAGUCUCGACACAAAUUGUUUGAUUGCCUAACUAUAUAUGGUUUUGAGAAGAAAUUUCAGCAAACCUACACCAAUGCGAAAUUCAAAGAAGUUCAAGGAGAGUUGAAGAGAUUAGUUUACUGUCAGGCGGUGAUUGUAGAAGAGGAGGGAUCAAUUUCUACAUAUAAUGUCCAAGAAACGAUGGUAGUUUGUGAGAAGAUGAAGCAUGUGGACUUUGUUGUCUAUUUUAAUUCAACUGAAUGUGAAGUUCAAUGCAUAUGUCGGUUGUUUGAGUUUAGAGACAUUAUGUGUGCUCACUCACUCGCUGUGCUUGUCAGAAUAUGCAUAAAUGAGGUGCCAAGUAAAUACAUUUUGCCCCGGUGGAGAAAAGAUGUGGAUAGAGAAUACGCAUGCAUCAAAACCACAUACACCGGCUUUGGGAAUGAUUUCAAUGCAAGUACCUGUGAGAGGAUGAACAAAGGAAUACAUUUAUGAUAGUACUGGUCCUAAAGUUAAUAAAAAAUAGUUCAUAGAAAGGUAGUGGAGCUGCCAUUCUCAGAUUGUCACGCUGGUGCUGGUGCUGCUGAGAGAUGGAGUUCGAGUGAUGGGUUUCAAGGUGCACUACCUUCUGCAUAAGCUCAGAAUCAGAAUCACCCUUGGAGGUGAUUCUGAAAAUCAGCUUAUUUACCCUCCAAAAAAGCUGUUAUAAGUUUUAGUUGGUGUCAUAAAGCUGUAACAAACAGUUAGAUUCUGCUUUAUUUAAGCUAAAAUCUAUAAGUUGAGUAGAAUAUGGGCAAUAACAGUAUGGAAUUAGAAGUUAAAAAGAGGUGUGGUGAUGGCUUAUGAGGACAAAAGUGUCAUUUUAAUCAAUGGACAAUAAAUGUACGUGGAACCAUAUA